AUGAAUCCGAAAUUGAUUAAACUUAACUCGAUCACGUGGAAAUGGUCCACGUUUCAACAAUUUACUGUUAUAUAUGAAGAUAAAGGGGGACAUAUUUUCUUCACAAAUGUACUUCAGUUGUUGUAUAGAUGUCCUAGAAUAAAGAACGUAACCUUCACUUUUAAACGAAUAAACGCGAGCGAAUGCAAGGCUGAAUCUCACACAACAACCCUAGUAGCUGUUAGAUAUCGGUACGUCCUAAAACGUAAUAGUGCCGGAGUGAAGGUGUUACAAUUUUUACCACACAAGGUUCGCGAGGUGAAACACGACCAAGUGGAAUUUAUAGACGACUUUGAGUAUCUCAGAAGUCUGGAUCCCAAGGACUGGAAACACCAGGACCACUACCGCGUCCUGGGCAUCCCGACUUUGAGAUUCAACGCCUCCGAGGAAACCAUCCGCUCUGCUUAUCGGCAAAAAGUCCUGCAUCACCACCCGGAUAAACGCAAGGCCAAAGGCGCCGAUAUCAAAGUGAACGACGACAACUUCACGUGCAUUACGAUGGCCUACGAAACCCUGGGCGACCCCAAGAGGAGGAAAUCGUACGACUCCGUCGAUCCAGAGUUCGACGACGGCCUACCGAGCAGCCACGAAAUAAAAAAAGAUUUUUAUGGAACGUGCGCGUAUUACUUCGAGCUCAACGGUAGAUGGUCGUACAAGGAUCAAGAAAAUAAAGUCGCCUUAUCGGGUCGCGAGGGGAAAAGGCACGCUGACAAGCUGAACAAGGCUGAAAGAGCCAGGAAGAAGAAGAAAGAACUGGCGGAGAAGGAUCGUAAGUUAGAGGCUGAGAAAGCUAAAGAAGCUGUCCUCCAGAAACGUAUAGAGGACGAACAAAAAGCUGCGAAAGAAGCGAAAUUGGCCAUGGAAAAAGCGGAGGCUGAAGGAAAGGACAGAAUUGAAGCGGGAAAUGCAGAAAAAUGCGUUGAAGAAAGAGCGUAA